GCGGCAGCGCGUGUCGGCGUAUCUGGGCGAAUGUUGCUUUUUUAAUAGGAGAGAAGAAUGUAGUGAAAUCAAAUCAGUUGUGUUUUUGGCCAUAUUUAUAAUUGUAUACAACAUGGAAACGGCAAACUCGCCGAUUGGGAACGAUAAAGAGGACUGUAAAAUUGCUGAAAAUGAUAAAAAUAUUAAUGAGUUGAUAAGCCAGGCGACUGAAAUGGAAGUAAACAACGGCGACGUGGAUGCAGCUUCAGUUUCAAUGGAGGGAGAGCAGCUGGAAUUCGAGAAAGAAGCGAAUGAGGAGAAAACAACAACGAAUGAAACUGAACUGAAAGAUAAACAAGAAAAUAAACAAGACACUAAUGAGAUUGACAUAAUUAGAGAAAUGAAGACGGCGGUUAUUGAACAAAUGGUCAAGGAGAAGUCAGAUGAGGAGAAGGAGGAGGAGAAGGAGAUUAACAAGGAUGCACUGCCACAACAAAAUGACAUUCUGUCUCAUGUGCACUGCCUGGCACAGUUGGAGGAACAGCGUCGCAACUAUGAGAAACAAUUGGAGCAACUGAGAACUGCAAAUGCCCAAAAGGAUAACAUGAUGACACUCCUACAACGCGAGAAUGCCAUACUGGAGAAGGAGAAGCUGGCAUUUCGCAAUGAAAUGGAUCUGGCCAACAAAGAGAAAGAAUCCACAGUCAUCAAGUUCGCCAUGAAGGAGAAACUGCUCAUCGACGCCAAAAAAGAGAAGGAUACUGUGGAGAAGCAAUUAACGGAUGCCAGGAAAGAGAUGAAAAAUUUAUCCAUACGCUUUCAUGCAGUCAGUGAAGAAAAGUCACGGAUUACAUACAUCAUAGAUGAAAAGUGCAACGAGGUGCGCAAAUAUCAAAGAGAAUGUGAGAAACUCAGGACAGAGAUGGGUCACUUGGAGUCCAAGCUGAAAUAUCAUGCCAACAAGCUCAACAUUGAAGUGGAGGCAAAGGCGACUCUGGAACGCAAACUGGAGGAGGAACGCAAUGCGCCCAAUAAACUGGAGGAAAAGGCCAAUGAGAAACUUAAGAUGGAGUUUGAGGCCAACACAAUACUCUUGAAGCAUGACAUUAUGGGAAAGACUGAGGCACUUGAUAAACUCACAAAGGAGCAUCAAAAGCAAAGUGAAUCCUUCAAGGAGCUACAGCACCAGUUACAGGAGAUUAAUGCAGCGCAUGUCCAGCUUUCGGAUGAAUUUAAGGAGCUGCAGGAGCAGCACAGCUCUGUGGAAGCGGCCUACAGCGAUGAGCUGCUGAAGACGGCCAAGUUACAUGGCCAACUCUCCGAGCUGCAGCUUUUGCGCACCCAAAACACAAUCAACGAGGAGAAGCUGGCCGAGGAACAAUUACGAGUACAAAAACUGGAGGCGACUGUACAGGAAAAUGAAGCUGACUUGGAGCAGUUGCAGCAAAAGAAACAGGAAUUACUAAGCAUCAACAAGGAGAUGAGCGAAUUGAUUGUUCAGCUGCAAAAUGACAUUUGUCUAGCUGAAUCCAAAGCGCAAGGUCUGGAGGCGGAGAAUAAAUUGCUGAAGCAGGAGAAGCACGGCUAUGAUAUCAAAUACAGUGAAUUGGAGCAUCAGCUAAGUGCCGAGUCCACAAUGAAGCAGGAGGAGCGUCAAUUGCUGGCCAAACAUCUGUCCGAGAAGACGAAGCUUUAUGAGCUGACCAAAGCAAAGCUGGACAAUGUGCAGGGAGAUUUUGAGGCAACGCAGCAUAAACAGGCGACGUUGGUCAAGGAGCUGCAACGUGAGCUGCAAAAGUACAAAAGAGGCAUUGUGGAAACGAAGCCCAUUGGCUACUGUAGCAACUGUCAGCAGGCGCUGAAUGGCUGCAGGAGCAACCAGGAGGAGCAAUCACAACCACAACAGCAACCUCAACGCACGCACAGUCGCACCAGCAGCCAUGGCAGCAUCCACAAUGGCAGUCGCCGUGCCAGCGAGUCUUCCGAAUCUGAAACCGUGGCCAGCAGCGUAACUGCUGUGCCGCCCCUGCAAACACUGCCCGACCUGCAGGCGGUGCCGUCCAAGAAGGUGUUGGUGGAGCGCAUUCUGCGCUUGCAACAGGCUACAGCACGACAGACGGAACGUAUAGAGUUCCUGGAGAAUCACACAGCCGCUUUGGUGUCUGAGGUACAAAAGAAAUCCAAAGUGGUGCAACACUACAUGCUGCGGGAUCAGACGGCGGGUGCAUUGACCACAUCCAAAAGCGAUCAAAAUAAAAGUGAGCUGGUCAAGUAUGGAAAUGGCGUCAUGGCUGCCAUCUACGGUGGCGUCAAGGGCACCGACACCAAAGCCAUGUCCCUGGAUCUUUCGCUGGAGAUAAACAAGAAACUGCAGGCCGUGUUGGAGGACACAUUACUAAAGAAUAUAACGCUUAAAGAGAAUCUGGAUGUCCUGGGCCUGGAGGUGGAUAACUUAAUGCGCAAGUUGCGCACAUACGAACCAAGUAAAUGACUUGAAGAGAUUGCCAGACACAUAGUAUUCUAAUUCCAUUCCAUAGUCUAACCGCAUGUAAAUAUAGUUAAACAAAUUCAUUGUUCUUAAGGCAAAUGUGUACAUUAAAACUUUAAUAAUCAAAA